AUGACCAAGGUUGACCAAAAAGUCGUUCUGAUCGUCAUCGACGGUUGGGGUAUCCCAGGCCCCGACUCUCCCAAGGAGGGAGAUGCGAUCGCUGCCGCGGAGACACCCUACAUGUCCGGCUUUGCCGAAGAGAACUCGAAGACCGCUCAAGGAUAUACCGAGCUGGAUGCCUCAUCGUUGGCCGUCGGUCUGCCGGAGGGCUUGAUGGGCAACAGUGAGGUUGGUCAUCUGAACAUCGGUGCUGGCCGUGUUGUCUGGCAGGACAGCGUUCGCAUUGAUCAGACCCUCAAGAAGGGUGAAUUGAAAAAGAUCGACAACGUUGUCAAGUCUUUUACCCGCGCCAAGGAGGGCAAUGGUCGCCUGCACCUGCUGGGUCUGGUCUCUGAUGGUGGUGUUCACUCCAACAUCACUCACCUGGUCGGUCUGUUGAAGGUGGCCAAGGAGAUGGAGAUCCCUCAGGUCUUCAUCCACUUCUUCGGUGACGGCCGUGAUACCGACCCCAAGAGCGCUACCAAGUACAUGCAAGACUUGCUCGACCACACCAAGGAGGUCGGCAUCGGUGAGAUCGCCACGGUGGUUGGACGCUACUACGCUAUGGACCGCGACAAGCGUUGGGACAGAGUCGAAGUUGCCAUGAAGGGUAUUGUCAGCGGUGAGGGCGAAGAGAGCUCUGAUCCCGUGAAGACUAUCAAGGAGCGCUAUGAGAAGGGUGAGAACGAUGAGUUCCUCAAGCCCAUCAUUGUUGGCGGCAAGGAGAGGCGUGUGCAGGACGACGAUACCCUCUUCUUCUUCAACUACCGUUCAGACCGUGUCCGUGAGAUUACCCAGCUGCUGGGUGACUAUGACCGCUCUCCCAAGCCCGACUUCCCUUACCCCAAGAACAUCGACAUCACCACCAUGACCCAGUACAAGACCGACUACACUUUCCCCGUUGCCUUCCCCCCUCAGAAAAUGGGCAAUGUUCUGGCCGAGUGGCUCAGCAAGAAGGACAUCCAGCAGUGCCACGUCGCUGAGACCGAAAAGUACGCGCACGUCACUUUCUUCUUCAACGGAGGUAUCGAGAAGCAGUUCCCUGGCGAGGUGCGCGAUAUGAUUCCCUCGCCCAAGGUUCCUACCUACGACCAUGAGCCCGAGAUGAGCGCCGACGCCGUCGGCAAGAAGAUGGCCGAGCGCAUCGCCGAGGGAAAAUUCGAGUUCAUCAUGAACAACUUCGCUCCUCCCGACAUGGUCGGUCAUACCGGUGUGUACGAAGCCGCCAUCAAGGGUGUCGCUGCCACCGACAAGGCCAUUGGUGAAAUCUACGAGGCUUGCAAGAAGCACGGAUACGUUCUGUUCAUCACCGCCGAUCACGGUAACGCGGAGGAGAUGCUCAACGAGAAGGGCACUCCCAAGACCUCUCACACGACCAACAAGGUUCCCCUCGUCCUUGCUAACGCCCCCGAGGGCUGGAGCCUCAAGAAGGAGGAGGGUGUCCUCGGAGACGUUGCACCCACCAUCCUCGCCGCCAUGGGCAUCGAACAGCCCGAGGAGAUGUCGGGUAAAAGUCUUCUGGUCAAGGCCUAG